AUGGCCGCCAUCGCAAAAGCUGCAGCCAGCUUGGCCGCCGUCGCCUACCUCGAUGCCAAGCACGGCAUGUCGAACGAUCUCACGCUCGGUCGCGGAGCAUCCGGCGGCGAGAUCCGACACAAAAUCCGCAAGUGGCGCAACAAGCUCUCGAUCUACGAAUAUUUCGACUAUCAAGCCACCAAACGGCCCGAUGCCGUCGCAUACGUCUACCUCGGCAAGAACUUCACCUGGGGCGAAGUAGCCAAAGACGUCCAUCGUCUCGCCAACUACCUCUUGUCCCGAGGUUACAAAGCAGGCGAUCGCGUGGCCAUUUUCAUGGGCAAUUCGGUGGCCAUCCUGGAGUGGUACUUUGCAUGCAUGUGCAUCAAUGUGAUCCCUGCCUUUAUCAACAAUUCGUUGACCGACAAGGGCUUGGUCCAUUGUGUCACGGUUGCACGUGCCAAGUUGCUCGUGUACGAGCCCUACCUGGAGGGCGCGGUGUCGGACGUCCAGGAUCAGCUGCUUGAAAGCUCGCAGCUUGAGGGCUUCUUGCGAUACGACGACGGAGUCACGCCGGUCGACGGCGAUACCGAGAAAGCGCCCAUCGAGGUCGCAAAGCCGCUCGCCAAAAAGAUCGAAUUUGGUCCCUCAGAGCUGCUCAAGUACUCGGCCAAGCGUGUCCCGGACAAGUACCGAAAGGACAUCGAAGAGUCGAGCACCGCUGCCCUCAUCUAUACCAGUGGUACCACCGGCUUGCCCAAGGCAGCGCUCUGCUCUCACGGUCGUAUGGGAACCGCCUGCAGCGUCUGGCCCAUCUUCAACGGCUUCACUGCCAAGGACAGGAUCUACACGCCCAUGCCUCUCUACCACUCUUCGGCGCUCUUCCUGUGCAUCUGCGCCUGCCUCUGCUCCGGAAGUACCGUCAUCAUCGGGCGCAAGUUCUCUGCGCGCAAGUACUGGGACGAGGUGCGCAAGUACGACGCCACCGUAGUGCAGUACAUCGGUGAGAUUGCGCGAUACCUGCUCGCCGUACCACCUUCUCCGCUCGACAAGCAGCACAACGUUCGCAUGGCCUACGGAAACGGUAUGCGACCCGAUGUGUGGGAGAAGUUCCGCGAGCGAUACGGCGUCCGCACCAUCUCCGAGUUCUUUGCAUCCUCCGAAGGAAACGGUGCGCUGCUCAACUACAACACGGGACCCUUUGGAGCUGGUGCAGUCGGUCGAAUGGGUACGCUGGCAUCCAAGUUGCGACCCGACUUCAAGAUCAUCCGCGUCGACGCCAUCACUGAAGACAUUUACCGCGAUCCAAAGACGGGCAUGUGCAUCGAGUGCGGACCGAACGAACCGGGAGAGUUUGUCAUGCGCAUCGGCAACACUUCCAUCUCCAAGUUCCAAGGGUAUGCCGACAACCCGGAAGCCACCAGCAAGAAGAUCCUGAAGGAUGCGCUCAAGAAGGGAGAUGCUUGGUUCAGGAGUGGUGAUCUGAUGAGCAAGGAUGCCGAUGGUUUCUUCUACUUUGGUGACAGGAUGGGCGAUACGUUCCGAUGGAGGAGCGAGAACGUCUCUACCACGGAGGUGGCGAAUGCCCUCGGUCAACUGGUCGGAGAAGCCAACGUGUACGGUGUCCUGGUACCCCAGCACGAUGGACGAGCCGGUUGUGCAGCCAUUCCUGCAGACGACGCAGCUCGGGUCGACUGGAAGAUGCUCGCCGCGGUAGCGCGUAAGAGUCUCCCCAAGUACGCCGUACCCCUCUUCAUCCGUGUCGUGCCUACCAUGGAGCAGACCGGAACCGUCAAACAGCAAAAGGUGCAGCUCCGAAACCAAGGUAUCGAACACGACAAGUGCGGAAGCGAUCAGCUUUACUGGUUGCCCCCCAACGCCGAUGGCUACCAACCCUUCCUGCCGCAGCACUUGAAAGAGAUUCAGGCAGGCAAGGUUCGUCUUUAG